UGCCAACAUGUCUGCUGCUGCCCACGACAAUCACACACAGCCAAAGUCCUACGUCGGAUUUGACACGAUCACCUCGCAGAUAGAGAGCCGUUUGCUCAAACGCGGGUUCCAGUUCAACAUCAUGGUUGUGGGCUACUCCGGGUUGGGGAAGUCCACCUUGAUCAACAGUUUAUUCAGCUCCCGCCUUGCCACGUCCAGUGGCCGCAAGAACACGUUCGAUCCGAUCGAAAAGACAUGCGAAAUCAAGGCCACGAGCCACUCUUUGAUCGAGAACGGUGUCCGCUUGAACAUCAACGUGAUUGACACGCCCGGUUUCGGCGACCAGAUCAACAACGACAAGUGCUGGGAGCCUAUUGUCAAGUACAUCAAGGAACAACACUCGCAGUAUCUCAGAAAGGAGUUGACCGCGCAGCGUGAAAGACACAUCCCAGACACCCGUGUGCACGCCGUGUUGUACUUCAUCCAGCCAAACAACAAGGGCUUUAGGUCCUUGGACUUGGUGGCGUUAAAGAAGUUCAGCGAAAUUGCCAACGUCAUUCCGAUCAUCCCAAAGGCGGACUCCUUAACCCUCAAUGAGCGUGCCGCGUUCAAAAAGGUCAUCCAGGACGAGAUCGUGCACCACAACCUCAACAUCUACCCGUACGACUCCGAAGACUACGUGGAUGAGGAGAGACAGAUCAACGAAGACAUCAAGGCAUUGAUGCCGUUUGCGGUUGUAGGCUCGGAACGAGAGAUCACCAUCAACGGCAAGACUGUGAGGGGCAGAAAGACCCGCUGGGGCGCCAUAGACAUUGAGGAUGUGUCGCAGAGUGAAUUUGUGUACUUGCGUGAUUUCUUGACCAGAACCCACUUGCAGGAUUUGAUCGAGACAACGUCCUUGGUCCACUACGAGAGCUUCAGAUCCAAACAGUUGAUUGCCUUGAAGGAAAAUGCCAGCGGCGCCCGUUCCUCCUCCCACAUGGGCAAUGCCGCCAAUGGUACUGCCCCUACCGUGCCAGUGGCCCUGACUGCUGCAGGCACCACGUACCAACAGCCUGCUUAGGUCUAAAAGUUUAUCUUUAUUUCUCACAUUUUUAUCUCUAAUUGUACGUUUCCUAUCGAUUGGUAUUCAUACGUGGGUAGGUUACAGAGCAGAGCUCACCCGGUGAACUGUCCUGAGGCUUCUGGUGCUAAAAUCCAUACUAGGCUUAAUUUGUAUAAAUGCAUUUUAAUCAUUGUAUGGUUUACAGCCAUGCACCC